AUGGAUAGGGAUAGUUGCUAUUCAGUCGUUUCUUUUUCUUCUUUGCCGACUUCUUCAGAUUGCAUAGUUUUCGCUAUGGAUGAUACGGGUGUUGGGUUCUACAUCGACUUCAUUAGAAGGGGAGAAGUACAUUGGAGAUCUCAUAUCUUUCAUCACACUGGUAUUACCCGUCAUCAUUCGUUGACACCGCAGUUUUUCAUGACGGGGAUUUUUUUUUGCGUCGAUCUUUAUUGUGGAACUGUGGGAGUCUUUUCUGCAAAGGAUAAUAGUUGGAAAGUUCUAGAAAAACCUCAUGAACUAGAUUUUGGUGGUAUAACUCCAGGUUUCUUAGUAGAGUGUGGUGGAGAUCUUUUAAUAGUGAAAUUAGAAGAAUUUCACUGGAAGCCCAUUAGGAUUUUUAGACUGAAUUUCUCUGAGAUGAAAAGGGAAGAAGUUAAGAGUCUGGGAGAGCAUGUGUUAUUCAUUAGCCACACUUCUUGUGCAUCGGCAGUUGCACCGGAUAGUUACAUGAAUAACAAGAUCUAUUUCCCUAGAUUAUAUCUGAACGAAGGAGGGAUUGUAUUCUACUCACUUGAAACACAUAGUUAUCGCUCUCGUGGGGGUGAGCAUGCUGCAAACAAUUUAUCUGGUACUGAAGGAUGGUUUAGGAACUGCACUUGGAUUCAACCUAAUAUGGCGAUGUCCACUGCUGAGGAGCUUGACUGGCUCAAGCCACCAUUCUAA